CCACCCCCCUUUGCAGCUGUCGAGUGGUAACGGUUCAGCAGCAGAGACUGCCAUUUUACACAGGGACUGCUAGCUACAUCUCCAAAGUGAUUGACCACAACUUAUUGGCCUAUAUAGUAGACAGCUCGUUUUUCCAGAAGUGCAGCGUAAACGGCGUUACACUGUAGCCCAACGUCCCACACGGCUUUUUGUUUUUAAGCACGAGUCAAAUUAACAGUGGCAUAAAAAACACGGAAGUAGUAGUGCAAGGCCCUGGAUGGAUAGCGUGGACCCUGAAACCCUGUAUGUGUCUCCAGAGCAGACUGGACAGCCUGCACUCCCCCUCCCUACUUUGGAAGUCUCCAACGUGGCACUAGUGGGUGGGAAGAAGAUGAAUGGGUCUCUGGACCAUCCCGACCAACCAGACGUUGAUGCGAUUAAGAUGUUUGUGGGACAGAUUCCACGGUCCUGGUCUGAAGAGCAGCUUCGUGAGCUAUUUGAACCUUAUGGAGCAGUCUAUGAGAUUAAUGUUCUCCGAGACCGCAGCCAGAAUCCACCACAGAGCAAAGGCUGCUGUUUUAUAACGUAUUAUACUCGCAAAUCAGCCUUGGAAGCACAGAAUGCUCUGCACAACAUGAAGAUUCUGCCAGGGAUGCACCACCCAAUCCAGAUGAAGCCAGCUGACAGUGAGAAAAACAAUGCAGUGGAGGACAGAAAGCUGUUUAUUGGAAUGAUCUCCAAGAAGUGUAAUGAAAACGACAUUCGACUGAUGUUCUCACCAUAUGGACAGAUAGAGGAGUGCCGGAUACUUCGAGGCCCUGAUGGACUCAGCCGUGGUUGUGCAUUCGUGACAUUCACAGCUAGACAAAUGGCCCAGUCAGCCAUCAAGUCCAUGCACCAGUCUCAGACCAUGGAGGGAUGUUCAUCGCCCAUUGUGGUGAAGUUUGCAGACACUCAGAAGGACAAGGAGCAGAAGCGCAUGGCCCAACAGCUGCAGCAGCAGAUGCAGCAACUCAGUGCUGCUUCCAUGUGGGGAAAUCUCACUGGACUCAACAGCCUGGGGCCACAGUACCUAGCACUCUACUUACAGUUACUGCAGCAGUCAGCCUCCACAGGGAAUGCGCUCAACAACCUGCACCCUGUUUCAGGUCUUAAUGCCAUACAGAACCUGGCUGCUUUAGCAGCAGCAGCAACUGCUACACAGGCCACGCCCACAGGCUCCAGCGCCAUGACAACAUCUAGUAGCCCACUAAGUGCACUAACAAGCUCAGGCUCCUCUCCCACCUCCAGCAGCAACUCCUCAGUGAAUCCUAUAUCUUCUUUGGGGGCCCUGCAGUCACUAGCCGCAGGUGCUGGAGCUGGUCUCAGCAUGGGCUCCCUCGCAGGCAUGGCAGCACUAAAUGGCAGCCUUGGCUCCGGAGGCCUGUCUAAUGGCUCAGGAAACACUAUGGAGGCCCUGAGCCAGGCCUACUCAGGCAUCCAGCAGUAUGCUGCGGCUGCCGCCAUCCCCAGUCUGUACAACCAGAGUCUGCUGCCACAGCAGAGCGUAUCAGCCGCAGGCAGCCAAAAAGAAGGUCCAGAAGGUGCCAACUUGUUCAUUUACCACCUGCCCCAGGAGUUUGGAGACCAGGAUUUGCUCCAGAUGUUUAUGCCCUUUGGAAAUGUCAUCUCUGCUAAAGUCUUCAUUGACAAACAGACAAAUCUCAGCAAGUGCUUUGGCUUUGUGAGCUACGACAACCCCGUGUCAUCACAGGCAGCCAUCCAGUCAAUGAAUGGUUUCCAGAUCGGUAUGAAGAGGUUGAAGGUGCAGCUGAAGCGCUCAAAGAAUGACAGCAAGCCCUACUGAAGGUGCUGAGGCACUGCAGACUUAGUUAGGCAGGGUGGUGUUAUGAUCUCUUCCUGUUUGCCCUAGCAUGUUGAUGUGGCGUCACAGUUCAUCGUCCAGUCCUUGUGUUUCCUGCGCUUCUCUGAUGCUUCCAAUUUCACCUUUGACCUUGUGUUUGACAUUGAUUUUUCCAGGAGGUUUUGUUUUGUUGUUUCCUAUAUGUCCUCUGUGUUGUCAACAGGGGCACUAGUAAGACUGCCACUGAAUAUGUUUGAAAGUUACAUUAGACUUAUUAAAAACAAGUAAGAGAAUCUAUUUUUCUAGAACUGACUGACAUAACCACUAGAUUUUUGCAAAAUCAGUUUGACACAAGUCUGAGCUUUAACUUUUUUUUUUUAAUCUCUUGAGUCGUGAAGCAGUCCUCCCAGUGCCCCAUCCUCUGGUUUUGUUGUGUUUUUUUUUUUUUUUUUUUGUGUGUGUGUGUGAAAGCAGCUAAUCUGUCUCCAGACGAUGUUGUGCGUGAGUUCAUCCUUGGGAGUUUCCAUUUGAGUGAUGUUGUGAGGAGGUAGAAUUUCAUGUCAGUGUAAAAAUCAGUUUUAAGUUUCAGCCUGUAGACUCACCACCACAAGCACAUGAUGCUUUUCUGCUUUUUUGUGUGAAGGAUCAGACAUAAAAUCCACAUGCGAGAGACUUUUGUCACAGUAUAUUUAGUAGUAAUGGUUUUUUGUUUUUUUUUUUUUUUACACAUAUAUCUCGAUGAAAUUCUUGGUACAGUGUGAUCUAGUUUGUGUUAACUUAAAAAUUAUGAAUAAAUUGGUGCCAAAUGUUUCACACAAUCAGAAGUUCUUGCUUUUUUAGUCAGGGCAGUUGUAGAAACAGGGUUGUUUGUUGUGGCAGGUGGCAACGUGAACAGCAGGUUUUACAGAAGAACUGACUCAGGCUCAUGUCAAGUCGACUGGUUGCAACAUUAAAUUCGUUUUGUGUGGAACAAUACAAACCUAGAGGGCUCGCACACCAAUAUGAAACACAAGUGGCCUAUUCAUAAGCAGUAGUGUGUAUACUGUCUGUGUUUGUGUGUAUUCAUUGAAUAUAAUCCACAGGCCCUACAAACCCACACUCAUGUAAGCUGCUGUCUGCCUGUUUUCCUGACCAGUUGACCAGUGUCGUGGCUUGUACUGAGUGUAAUCAACCAUUCGCCCAUGUUCUCACCCUGCUCGAAUAUUUGAUAAACCUGUAAGUCUCGAUACUUUUCAACACGUUCCUGGACCAAAACUGAAGUGUACCUGUAAACUCAUAGGAGGGUUCCUGGGAAGAACUGUGUAGCUUGGUACCAAUGAAGACUGGUUCAGUUGGUACACUUUCAAUCAAUUAUUUUCCUGUUAAUCACGGGUCUUUUAGUCGGUGCACAGCAGGUCAGCUUAGCAGGCUAAAAUGUAAAAUUUAUUAACAGGGAACAAUACAAUUCAACAUAUGAAAAACCCCAAUAAUAAAUUGUGACUGUAGAAUUACAAGGUGCUAUCUGACUUUUUUGCCAAAAUGAGUUAUUCACAUGAAACCCUUCGAGCCGCUAAUGUUAAUUACGCACGUCGGAUGCUACUUUUUGUCAGCGAGAAAUUAAUGUUAUUAAUUAUUCAAUGUUUUUUUGAAAUUACAGUAGUGAGAGCCACCAUUUUAAUAUGUUAGGUAUGUGAGUUAAAUUUCACGUUUCUAGUUAGACAACUGCCGAACAUUUUUGAUCUGAUGCUAACUCUACCAUACUCCGAACUGGGUUUGCUUCCGUUUAUGACUUGUGUACUGCAGCAGACACACACGGAGUGUGUUUACAUGCACACGACUAUCCUGGUUUUGAUCAGGUUUUUGGAGUAUCUUGGUUAUGUUUUGUGUAUGUAAACAUCUUAUCCUGAUUUCAGAAACCUGGAUAAGGCCUUAUCCUGGUUCUGAGAAACCUGGAUAAGAAAAACCAGGAUACUGUGGCAUAUAAACACCUCAGAUGAUGGGAAAUGAAGAAACACCUGCACACAGAUGAUCAGAACAGGGAUAUGAAUAACCAGGUUUCUCAUAUUCCAUGUAAAUGCCAUAUCCUGAGCAUGAUUAAAACCAGGAUAAGAGUCGAUACCCAAUACUAAUGUACAUGUAAACAUGCUCACUGAAAGUGUAUCAGACACUGACAUUGAUGACCCUACAGCUUUUCCAGGCAAAGAAGUUCACGCUAAUUUUGGGGCAGAAAAGAGACCAGAAAAGUACAGAAAAGAAAGCAGCAAAGGGACAGAAGCAAACAGAAAAGCCGUAGAACAA